GGUUACAUUCAGAGUAAAUAGCACCAGGACUGGCUGUCUCUUCCAUGCUUUGUGAAUUGUUCCUUGGCCUGCACUGUCCUGUUGCUGUAGCUUGCAUCAGGAAAAACUAAGAAACCAAGUAGAGCUAGCAAUUGUAGGAGACUGAGGUACGGACACAAACAGUUCCACUGAGUGAGAGGAUGGCGUUGGCUGCCAGCAGCAAUGUCACUUACCAUUGUCUUGGAAGGUGGCAGCUGAAAGCUGAUGAUGAUUUUAAUCAAACUGGCUGUCUAAGUCCUGAGUCAGUAUGAAUGUGGUUUUGUUUAUCUUGUCAUCCACUGGUUUUAUUUUUUUGGUUUUCUGUCUAUAGAAAAAUUGAAACAUGGCUACAGGUGAUUUCUGCGUUCAUGUUUACUUACGUUCACUACAUUGUUUGCUAAUGAGGGGUACAGAUGUAAAAAUGAAUGACAACACAUUUUCUGUUUUGUAUGUAUGUAUGAAUGAACUGGAGUUGCACCUGCAUCCAUACAGACCAAAGUGAACGCUGCCCAUGUCCCGUUUGUACUGAAAUGGGUCAUAAUUACUUGCUGUCCAUCUUUUAUGCUUUAAUGUGAAUAUUGGGUUAGGGUUAGACACUGACAGUUGUGACAGGGUGAGAGAAUGCAUUGUCAGUGAGUGCUCUCAUAACUAGAGGAGGACUAAUGUAGGUGUUUGCAUUUCUUUAAUUAGAGCUUCUAAAAGCAGCAGGAAGUCUGGCUUUUUCUACUGUCUGAGAGGCAGACAUGCAUCUGCACCUGUACUGGAUAGUCAACAUGUAGACUCCAGUAAAUCAGACCUAACCUGUUCUAGUGACAUCUCUUAAGGCUGGUUAUCAGAGUUCUGCUGCUCUGAUACACAGACCCCCAACAUGGGCAUUCUGAAGCUGACUCUUCACUCCAGUGACUUUGAAAGGAUAACGUGGUACCUCCCUCCUCCAGUCAGGCAGCUGAAGUCAUCCUGACAGCAGGUUCCUCUGUGCAUCUCUCCCUGCAGACAGUACAGCCGUCCAUCAGUCCCGUUAAGCUGUGUUAUUGCUCGUGGUCCCCGGUGGAGCUGAGCAUGUGCUGGCUGCUCCACAGGACAGAGGGGGCGCUUCUCACAUCCACUGGCUGCGGACAUGAAUGGCUGAGUUCCGACACAACAGUGCUGUCACCAAGCUGGUAUUAAUCUCUGCAUCAUGGAGACUUGGCCUGGUGCACCAUGGGAGCUCAUUAACAGCAUGACAGAUACAGCAUAUGAGUACUGAGCGGUCAUCAUGGAGACUGACAGCUACACCCCAGGCCCGGCCACCAUUGACUGGGUUGGGAUGGUGGCCAGCCUGGAGGGAAUGGGAGUCCUAGAGGAGGAGAGAGGAGGGGGCUCGUCCAGCAGCCCCGUGUCCUCGUACACACCAUACUCACUGGGCUUCCAGGUGUCGCUCAUCACCUUCCUCAUGCUGGAGCUGGUGCUGGGUUUCAGCAGCAAUCUGAUGGUGCUGGUGCUUUACUGCUCUCAAUCCAAUUUAGUGGACUCUGUGAGCAAUAUGGUGACUGUCAAUCUGCAUGUGCUGGAUGUGGCAGUGUGCGUGUUGUGUCUGCCCCUCACUGUUGUGGUUGUGCUUCUGCCUCCUGGGCCAAACCUGGCUUUGUUCUGCUGCUUCCAUGAAGCCUGUGUUACUUUUGCUAGUGUUGCUACAGCCAUCAACAUCCUGGUUAUCAGCAUGGACCGAUAUGACAUUUCAGUACGGCCGGCCAACAGGCUUCUGACCACCCGCAGAGCGACACUGCUCCUGGCUGCUGUUUGGGUCACCUCAAUAGUUGUGUUUUUUAUACCAUUCUUGGAGGUGCAGUGGUCUAGUGAAGAUGGAUCAGAGGAGAGAGCGCAGGUGGCACCUAUGUCUUUGUCCUCACAGGGCAUCAGUACCACCAUGGCGCCAGUGUGGCGUAACCAGACACUGUUGUGCAUUGGUGGGCAGGGCUAUCACACAGGUAUGGGUAUGUAUUACCAUCUUAUCCUUCAAGUACCCAUGUUCUUCACUACUGUGGCAGUCAUGCUGUUCACCUACUCCAGAAUACUGAGGGCUUUAAACAUCCGCAUUGGUUCCCACAUGAAGAAGAACCAGCAGUUCAGGGAUCACUCUUGCAGGGGGCACCACAGGAGACAGAAAAAAAAGAAAGCAGGAAAGAGGAUGAUUGAUGGAACAGAAGUGGGAGGGGAACAGUGCACCUCAGAUGGUAGCAAACAGCUCAACCACCCUCCCCUCAUUCCAUCCCCCUCUCUCACCCCGACAGCUACCUCCCCCCCUGCCCUUUCUUCAUCCGCCCCACUUGUUACCUCUCACAUGGAUGCAGCCACCCCCAUAACAGCCAAUAUGGGCGUCCAGGCCUCUGUGUCAGCCAUCAUUGCCUUGCGGCGAGCAGUACGGCGGCAUCGGGAUCGGCGAGAGCGACAGAAGCGAGUGUUCAGGAUGUCCCUCAUCAUCAUCACCACCUUCCUGGGUUGUUGGGCUCCUCUUUCUGUGGCCAACUUGUUAAUCCUUGGCAUUGGCCCCACGGAUGCCCUGAUCAGCCUGCGCCUCUGCUUCCUAGCCCUGGCUUACAGCACCACUGUCUCCCACCCUCUGCUCUAUGCAUUCACACGACAGAAGCUGCGGCAUGCCCUCCGUGCAAAGGUAAAGAAGAGGGUGGUGUCCUUGCUCCAAGUAGACCCUUCCCCAGCAGGCACUGUCAUACACAACUCCUGGGUGGAAAACAAAAAAGCCAGCCGGCAGGUGCGGCUAGAAGCAAGUGAAGGUACUGACCGCUGCCUGGCAGAGGCCCUGUGAGACUGACACACAUGCACUCGGUUAAUACAAUUAAAAACCUGCAUAAAGCCACAGGUGUGUUCAAUUAUGAGAUUCACUGUUGCAUGAAGUUGGGUUAAGAAAUUUCCACAUUUCCUCCUCUGGGAGAGCUUUUAAUGUAACCGCCAGAAGCAAGCCUGCAGUAAACACAGUUAACUUCCCCUCAGCAGUGGAGGCAGGAUGUUGUCUCUGCAGCUCAAGAAACUCAUUCAGUACAUAAGUGUAUAUACAGUAACUUAAACUCUGUCAAAUACUGAAGCCUGUUUACAUACGGAGUUGUAUGAUGGAGCGUUCUCACAGUGGUGCUUACAUAACUGCUCCAAAGAAUGUGUUUAGCUAGAUGGUCUGAUCUGCCUCCCACUCAUAUGCUCCAAGGCAGCUUUAAAACAAAGAUGUCGAUACACUUUGAACACAAACGCUCAAAAAAACCAUUUGAAUGUAUUUAUUUAUUAUCCCUGGUUCAUUUCUACUGUGAAAACUAGGCUAGAUGGCAAGUUCAUAUUCACAGUCAAAACACAGUGACUAUUAGAUGUAAUAUGAACAUUAUAGGUAAAUGCGUCGGAGUUUGAGAGUCAUCAGUCAGAGGACAGUUAAAAUGUGAAAUAGAAAAAUGAGUUUUGCUGUAGCUUAUAGUAUUGUGUUCAAACGUUAGUGUUUAUAUCAGAAAUUAAUAUAUUGCCUAUAGUGCGGGGAGAAGGUAUAGAUAUUUCUUUUAAAGGAAUAGUGUCACAUUUUGGACAAUAUGCUCAUUUGCUUUCUUUGAGAGAAUUUGAUGUUUAGAGUGCUAUAUGUCAUUCAUAUGGUAAACAUGAAGCUGCAGCAGCAGCUGAUUAGCUUAGCUUAAUUAGCACAAAAACUACAAACGGAGCAAAAUUGCUAGCUUGGCUCUAAAAUAAAAAAAAACAACAAAAACAAAAAGCAUUUAUACACUUCAGCCUUUGUACAGAUUAAACAAGUUAAAUGCUACAUGUUAAUAUUUGAGCUUUAGAGUUUUUAGUAGCUGGAUUUGGUUAUGCUCUGACAGAGCCAUGUAUUUAAGUGGCAACAGGCUGUACCUUUAUAUUUACCACUAGAAAGAGGAGAGUAUAUUUCUCAACCUGUCAGAAUAUCCUUUUAAAUUGUACAAAAUAAAUAUCUUAUUUAUUGCUGACAAAAUUAUAUGUACAGUCAGUUGGCACAAGUAGCUAGUUCCAAUAUAAGGCAAUCCAUUACCAAUCCAGUACCAAAAAUUGUCAAGUUCAGUUAACCCCUCUAUGACACAUUUUCAAUAAAAACUGAAUAUGUAUAGCCUUACUCACUUUGGUAUUUAUUGCAAGUCUUUUGUUUUGGAGUGCAUCAUAUUUAAGGGGUCCCUGUGACUUCAUUUGGGAUUUUGGCUUGAUAAAAACAUGCAAUAAUACUGUGUUGAAAUAACAUUUAUGUACAGUACCUGGUGUAAAUACUGAUCAGAUCCAGACUUUUUUCCACUACAGUACAAGUGUUUAGACCAACCUUUCUAGAUUAGAGGAUGUUUCAGGUACAGAUGGCUUAUCUCUGUCAGCCCCCAGUCAUCUGGCCCCAUGUGGCAGCUCAUCCUUACUGCCCAGCAAAGACAGGAGAAUAACUGUCAAUACAACAAAGCACUGACAGGUUGGUGAAAUUACUAAUAGUACUAGCAUUUGUUCUUUCUACCUGCAAGUGUGUUCACAGCUCUAAUGCUGUACUCACGCUGGGGCUCAUUUUUCUCACACAGUUUGAAUUGUACACACAGUAAAAUGUAUAUAUGCAUUUCAUGAGUUUACAUACAAGAAUAUGCUGUCUUUAUAUUUUUCCCUUAUGAUGAUUUGAUGUGAAUGUAUCACCAUAUUUCAAUAUUCGUUCUGCCCUCGGGUUUGUAUCAGUUCAUGCCAUCUGCUAAGGUUUUGUUCAGUGCCAAAAAGAUACUGCACAUGAGGUCCAGUUGUGUAUACAAUACAAAAUAUAUAUUUUCAGCCAAAAAGCCUUUGUCUGGCUAAGAGACCAGCAACAUCUGGCCUUAGGUGUAGCUACAGUAUACUAACCGCAUUUUUUUUAAGAAGAAUUUGACUUCAGAGAAACCCUGCUGUGAACAGCAAGAAGAUAAUGUACAGCUUUGUCCUUAGCGCUCAUAUGGUAUAUGAUUUAUCAUUGGUAACUGAAGGUACACAGAGAUACAGCUGAGCUAAGGAAAAGUAAGUCCUCUGGGACCCAAUCAUAUAUUUUUGCAGUAACACAGAUGUUGAACGUUUAUUCUAUGUAGUCUGUUAUGUUGAACAGAGGCUGUUUUUCUGUAUGCGUUCAUGUAUUCAGUCCUAGCAAUCAGAUGGUGGCCAGUAAUAUAGUGAGUAGGUGGAGCUAUUUGUAUGUGUUCUUAGCAUUGUCUUGUUUUGGUAGGGUACAUUCAAAUUUCACUGUUGAACUGGUGCCAACCUUUAACUCUUCAGUGGGUGCAUUUGUGUUCAGCAUGGGUGCCCUUGGUAGGCACUGAUCACUUACCUGGCACUAGUGCUCCUCCUCCAGGUACAAUCGGUUACGCUGCAUACUAGCAAAAAAGUUGCCAGAAUACUGUUUGAAAGCUUUGUGUGGGCUUUGUGUGGUGUGGGAGGAAGGAGCCCUAGACCUCGGCAGUACAGGAAAAAGAAGUAAACAAAUGCAUUCUGGAAUAAAUAUAUAA